AUGUUUGAAGAUUUGAACCGCCUGCUCUUCCUCUACGAGUCCUGGGCCAAUCGGCUUCUGCCCAAGUUCUCCUUCCAGGAGAUUGUUGAACGACUGGAGGUGGUGGGCACCAAGCGGGAAGUGCACAACACACUGCAGCGUAUGCGUGCCGGUGUCUGGCCUGUGAGUGCCAUCAGCGAGGAGUUUGUCGACGAGCGCGAGGAUGGCGAUUCCAGUGGAGGCGAGGCUGACGAGGAUGUAAUGCGGGCUGCGAUGGCAGACGUUCUGGCGGAGAAUGUGCAGCCCCGCAUUCCUCCUGCCGCCAUGACGAUGGAGAUUACAAAUGAAGUGACACGAACCCCGCAGGUGGACGUGCAGCCUCCGUUGCCCAGAGAGAAUUCUUCACCGCCGCGUCCGUCGACCUCAACAGCUGUGCAUACAGACGAAGAGAGUAUUCAGGAGAGGAUUGAACUUAAUCGGCGCCUCGCAGUGGAACGACUGGAGGCCAAACGCCGGUCGACCAUCUAUUCUGAAGAACGCUCUGGCAAGCCCGGUACAGGCGAGCAACCCCUGAGAUCUCCCUCCCCCCCCCUCUGCCCAUAA